AUGUUUACAACAAGGUCCAUGAUGACUUUGUCCAGAAACGACAGAGUGGCGGAGCUGUCACCUUGGUCACUGCCGCCAUCUUGGCAAUGCUUCUCUACUGAUUCUUGGUACGCACAAAGGAUACAAAGGGCCCCGGGCAGUGUCCAUUUUGUGGCGAUGCCGUUGUCACCAAGGCCUAGAAAUGUAUCGCAGUUGAGAUUUUGUGCAUUGAUUGCAGUCGUGAUGUUUGCUUCCCAUGAAAAUUACAACCCAGGUGAAGUUUAUGAAUUCUUCUCUGUGGAGAUUUUGCACAGUAUCACAGUGCCUUCCAGCACUUGA